UGUUCUGUGAGGCGUGCCAGCAGAAGCCUGGUCUGUAUGCUCAGGUGUCUGAGAUGCUGCUGGUCAGAGUGGCCUCCUACAUGCUCCUGCCCUGCACACUACCUGUGGUAUCAGCCUACUCAGUGGGCAAGAGGUUUGUGGAGUGGAUCCCGGAGGUGCCUGCAGACAUGCGUUGGCUAGCUGGGGUGGCUGGGGAUGUGGCUGGGAGCGUGUACAGACAGYCCUGGAGAGGAGCACCAGCAGACAUAACCAGUGAUGGUUCCCUGAGGAAUUGCAUGAGCCUGCCCCCACCCCUGGAAAGUGACGGACAAAGGGAGAGAGACUGUCACCUCGCCGGGUUCGCUCGCUCUGCUCUCAACUUCCAAAGCCAAUACUGGAACAUCCCCACCGCCCCUUCUUCCCACUGCCCCACCAGCCCCCACUCGCCCAGCCCCUCCCCUCGACAGAUCUGCUUCAGUGUACAUUUUGGCACUCUUUUUUAGAUCCAUUCUAGUCUGUCAUUUUGACUAAAAUAUCAUUAAAUCUUAGUCACAUUUUUGUGAUUUGAAUAAUGAUUUAGUCAUUGUUAAAAUGACGAAAAGAGAGCCGUUUUAGUCAACUAAAUGCCCUUUCAUUUUAGUUAUAUUUUAGUCCACAUCACAUUUGUGUUGCCUCAUUAGCCACAAACCACGUUUCCAUCCAGAGUUUUAUGGGAGUAGUCAUAUCAAAGAUUUGUAUAACUAACCCAAGAUGGACCAUAACUACUGAGAUGGUAGGCUAUUCAAGAAAUAAAUGGUUCUAUCCAACAUG